CUAUCUCUAACUGUACUUGAAAAAAAAGUAAUUAGCAUUUCAAAUUGUAAAAAGAAUAUCCAAAUAUAUAAUGAAAAAUAUGCUCAAAAAGAAGUGACGACUGAAAAAUUAUUUGUAAAUGUAAAUCGACGUUUAAAAGCUAAGUAUAAACGUAGUUAUGAAAACUCACUUGCUAGCUACAAAUUACACGGAUCACGAAAAGUUUGGGAGGAUAAAACUCAAACAAGUUAUAAUGGUCGGAUAUAUAAAAUACUCAGUUGCGAAGACAUUCUUGGAAAGAUGACAGAAAAAAAAAUUAUACUAGCAAAUUUUGAGCACAUACAAUUCACUGAUUCACUGGUAAUUCAUUCUUGCGAUACAGUAAUAAUACCAAGCAAUACAUUCAGUGGUACUGUAAUUCAACAAAUGAUUAAGAUUAUCAAUGUAAAUGAUCUAAGAAUAUUUCCACGAGCUUUUCAAGGAAUUGCAAAAGCUCCAGAGCAGAUGCACCUUGAAGCGACUAAUAUAUAUAAUAUUCCUCGAGAUGCUUUUACAAAUUUGAUUAAUUUAAAGCAUAUUUGGUUCCGCAACGCUACCAUACAUGUCUUAGCUAGUGGAGCAUUCCGAGGUGUCACUAAUGUCAGCUAUAUUUAUUUUCGAGAUUCUGCUAUUCAUCACAUUGAAACCAACGCUUUUGGCUCAAUGCGCGAAAUUCAGCACUUUUUUCUCCGUGGAAAUAUCAGUAUUCAAUCAUGUGAAAGUGACAUAUUUUGGAAUUCAACAAUAACUGAAGUUAUAUUAGAAAAUGUUCACUUAUCUGCUCCGCUAGAUUGCUUUGAUGGAUUGAUAGCUAACAGCGUUCACUUGCUUGAUUCUACGUGGAAAAGUAGCGCAAGUUCUAGAAAAUCUUUAUGUUAUCAUCAACAAAUUGGUCGUUUCACAAUUACUAAUUCAAGUUUGGAUAAACUUGCCGUACAAGCAUUCUAUGGUACAAAAGUAUUGCGUCUUCUGCAUAGCAAUGUGAAAAGUAUCACAACAAUGCGAUAUACAAACAAUAAUUUCUCAGUUAAAUUUCACGCAAAAGAAAACGGAAAAAAUUGGCAUAAAAAAGUGAAAUGGAAGCAAAAAGAGAAGAGAUGUAUGGCUGAAUCAGAAUCAUUGCAGCUGAGUAUUACAAAAAGUAACUCUGAAAAUUUACGUCAGAGUAUGGAAAUUUCUCGAUGCACAAUUGCUUCAAUAGAAAAGAAUGCCUUCAGAAGUUGCCAUCAUGUAAGUAGUCUUCGUAUCUAUCGUUCACACAUCUCAAACAUAGCUGCAAAUGCUUUUACUGGAUUAUCUGCGAAAUCGCUUAUUUGGCAGGAAUGUGAUAUAGGUGUAAUGCAAUCAAUGAGCUUUCGGGGAGCACAUAUUCACACGUUACUCUUCUCACGCUCUCACGUGUUAACCAUAAGCAAAGCAACUUUUGCAAAAUUAACUGCUCGAGAAAUUAUUCUCGAUAAAAUGAUCAUUUAUGAAUGCCAGCAAGAAUUAUUUGCAAAGGCAAAGGUGCAUAAUUUGAGCAUAAUUUUUACGGAGAUUGCUACCGGUGCAUUUGAUCAAAUCUUUCGGAAUUUCAAUCCAACUUAUCUUUACAUGCAAGAAAAUUUAUUUGAUUGCAAUAUGACGCAAUGUGGCGUGAACAGUUUGCUUCUGAGACAUGAGCAAAUAUCCUGGAAUUUGCCAUGGAAGUUUGAAGGCAAUCAGUGCACAAAGUCUGACCUUUGCCACCAAACAUCUCAGUGGAUAUUUCCCAAUAUCAAUUGUAAAUCGUACUAUUUUGUGGUUGAAUGCUUUUGUGUUAGUUCAAGAUUUGCCCGAGUGCCCAAUAUCAAUGCUUCUAUAAUAACAAUAGGUGACUGUGGAAUACUUGAGAUUGAUCUCAGUAACAAUGUGCACAUCAUAUCGCUUCAUAUUUUUCGUACAGAAGCAUUGAAAAUCACAAAAAUACCAAUAAGUAUGCAGAUUUUUGAAACUUUUCAUACAAAAAUAAUAAGAAUUGAACCACAUGCAUUUCAGAACAUUAAGAUGGAAAAAAUUGAACUGAUUUCUACAGAAAUUGAAAUGCUAGCAAGUGAAAGCUUUGUAAAUUUUUACUUGUCAAUGUUCAUUCUCAAACGUACUACUGUACGUUACGUGGAUUUCAAUGCUUUUAUCAAUACUACCAUUAAAAUGCUUUAUGCUGAGCAGUCUAAUUUUUUG